AUGUUCCGAAAGGCCCGGCGGGUGAACGUGCGCAAGCGGAACGACUCGGAGGAAGAGGAGCGGGAGCGGGAUGAGGAGCAGGAGCCGCCGCCGCUGCUGCCGCCCCCGGGCACCGGCGAAGAGCCGGGCCCCGGCGGCGGCGGCGGCGACAGAGUCCCCGGGGGGGAGUCGCUGCUGGGCCCCGGGCCGCCGCCGCCGCCUGCGCUGGCCCCGGGCCCCGGGGCUGAGGCUGGCGGCGGCUUCCCUGGCGGUGCGGAGCCUGGCAACGGGCUGAAGCCGCGCAAGAGGCCUCGCGAGAACAAAGAGGUGGCCCGGGCCAGUCUGCUGAGCUUCCAGGACGAGGAGGAAGAAAAUGAAGAAGUUUUCAAAGUGAAGAAAUCAAGUUACAGCAAAAAAAUAGUAAAGUUGCUCAAAAAAGAAUAUAAAGAAGAUCUUGAAAAGUCGAAGAUUAAGACCGAACUCAACUCAUCAGCCGACGGUGAACAACCAUUGGACAAAACGGGGCAUGUUAAGGACACGAGUCAGGAAGAUGGAGUUAUCAUCGGUGAACCUGGUGAAGAUGAAAUGGAUAUGGAAAGUGAGAAGGAGGAAGAAAAACCAAAGGCUGGGGGUGCUUUCUCAAACGCGCUGUCUUCUCUGAACGUUCUCCGGCCAGGAGAAAUUCCAGAUGCAGCUUUUAUACAUGCUGCGAGGAAGAAGCGUCAGAUGGCCCGGGAGUUGGGGGAUUUCACGCCCCAUGAAAACGAGCCUGGCAAAGGCCGCCUUGUUCGGGAAGACGAGAAUGAUGCCAGCGACGACGAAGAUGACGAUGAGAAGCGCCGUAUAGUUUUUUCCGUGAAGGAAAAGUCACAGAGACAAAAAAUCGCUGAGGAAAUAGGUAUUGAGGGGAGUGAUGAUGACGCUCUAGUAACUGGAGAACAAGACGAAGAGCUCAGCCGAUGGGAACAGGAGCAGAUAAGAAAAGGAAUUAAUAUCCCUCAGGUUCAAGCAAGUCAGCCCACAGAAGUGAAUGUGUACUACCAGAACACUUACCAGACAAUGCCUUAUGGCUCAUCCUAUGGCAUUCCUUAUAGUUACACGGCCUAUGGAUCGUCGGAUGCCAAAUCUCAAAAAUCAGAUAAUACAGUCCCUUUCAAAACUCCCAGUAAUGAGAUGACUCCCGUUACUAUUGAUUUGGUAAAGAAACAGCUUAAAGACAGGUUGGACUCCAUGAAAGAAUUGCACAAAACAAAUCGACAGCAGCAUGAGAAACACCUGCAAAGCCGAGUGGACUCUACCAGGGCUAUUGAAAGAUUAGAAGGGUCUUCUGGGGGUAUUGGUGAACGGUAUAAAUUUUUGCAAGAAAUGCGAGGGUAUGUCCAAGACUUGCUUGAGUGUUUCAGUGAAAAGGUGCCACUGAUUAAUGAACUUGAAUCAGCAAUACAUCAGCUGUACAAACAGCGAGCUUCCCGCCUUGUCCAAAGACGACAAGAUGAUAUUAAAGAUGAAUCCUCGGAGUUUUCAAGCCAUUCAAAUAAAGCUCUGAUGGCCCCAAAUCUUGAUUCCUUUGGACGUGAUCGGGCACUGUACCAAGAACAUGCCAAACGUCGGAUUGCAGAGCGAGAGGCCAGGAGGACUCGGCGUCGACAAGCCCGAGAGCAAACCGGUAAGAUGGCUGAUCACCUCGAAGGCCUUUCCAGUGAUGACGAGGAGACGUCUACAGACAUCACCAACUUCAAUCUGGAAAAAGACCGAAUUUCCAAAGAGUCCAGCAAGAUUUUUGAAGAUGUCCUUGAGAGUUUCUACUCCAUCGACUGUAUUAAAUCGCAGUUUGAAGCAUGGCGUUCAAAAUACUACAUGUCCUACAAAGACGCUUACAUCGGCCUCUGUUUGCCCAAGUUGUUCAACCCCCUCAUAAGACUGCAGCUCCUUACUUGGACCCCUCUCGAGGCAAAAUGCCGUGACUUUGAGAAUAUGCUGUGGUUCGAAUCUUUGUUGUUUUAUGGUUGUGAAGAACGUGAGCAAGAAAAAGAUGACGUGGAUGUUGCACUGCUGCCUACCAUUGUGGAGAAGGUGAUACUUCCUAAACUAACAGUGAUAGCUGAAAAUAUGUGGGAUCCUUUUUCUACAACACAGACUUCAAGAAUGGUUGGAAUUACGCUAAAAUUAAUAAAUGGAUAUCCUUCAGUAGUAAAUGCAGAAAAUAAAAAUACACAGGUUUUCCUAAAGGCACUUUUAUUGAGAAUGAGAAGAACUUUAGAUGAUGAUGUGUUCAUGCCUUUGUAUCCCAAAAAUGUCUUAGAAAACAAAAAUUCGGGGCCUUAUUUGUUUUUUCAACGACAGUUUUGGUCUUCAGUUAAGUUAUUAGGAAAUUUCCUUCAGUGGUAUGGCAUUUUCUCCAAUAAAACUCUUCAGGAGCUAUCAAUUGAUGGUCUGUUAAAUAGAUAUAUUCUCAUGGCUUUUCAGAAUUCAGAAUAUGGAGAUGACAGCAUCAAAAAAGCCCAAAAUGUAAUUAAUUGUUUCCCCAAACAAUGGUUCGUGAAUCUGAAAGGAGAAAGAACUAUUUCUCAGUUAGAAAACUUUUGUCGAUACCUUGUACAUUUAGCAGAUACAAUUUACAGAAACAGUAUUGGGUGCUCUGAUGUAGAGAAAAGAAAUGCAAGGGAAAACAUAAAACAGAUAAUAAAACUCCUUGCAAGUGUUCGUGCUUUGGAUCAUGCUAUGUCUGUUGCAAGUGACCACAAUGUGAAAGAAUUUAAGUCUUUAAUUGAAGGAAAAUAG